UAGGUUGUUGCUGGAUAUCACUACAGUUAAAGUAAAUAUCUCUAUUGUGCUCUCAACAGGCCUAUGAUUCGCAAGGUAGUUACUGAGCUAAAAUGGGAUUUCUUCGAGAGGGUUGUGGGCUUAUACUGUCUGCUAUUCUUUUUGUUUUAAUUUUGAGCGAAAGCGGACAUUGCCAAUGGUGGUCUGUUGCACGAGAUGGACCCUACAACUCGCUUCAAAAUAACGAUUCAAUAUGUGAUGGCAUGAACGGAUUUACUAAUUUUCAAAAGAAGUGGUGCAAACGAAAAGACAGUUUUAUGAUCUUUGUCAGUGAAGGGGCCAGAAAGGGAAUAUCGGAAUGCCAAUACCAGUUUCGCAAUCAUAGAUGGAAUUGUCCAACUUUUAACGAUAGCUCAGGGUUUGGAAAACUAACAGAUUGGGUUAUUCCAGACACAAGAGAAAUGGCGUUUGUUCGUGCAAUAACAGCUGCUGGAGCUGUACAUUCAAUCGCAAGAGCUUGUCAACAAGGUCUUCUACCAAAGCGUCGAUGCCCAAAACCGCUUGUUUAUUCGGGUGCGGUAUUGGACUGGGGAGAGAAUAGUCCUUAUGCCUCUCAUGCCAGCGAGUUGCUGCAGGAUUUUAUAAAUAGUCAGAAACGAAAAAAAUCAUCAAGAAAGAGACAAAUAAUGAACAUUCACAACAAUAACAUCGGAAGAAUGGCCGUUGUCAGGACAUCGCAAACCAUUUGUGAAUGCCAUGGUUUAAAGGAUUCUUGUGAUUUAAAAACAUGCUGGAAGCAAGUUCGCGAUUUUCGUGUUGUAGCAGAUGAAUUGAAAAAGGCAUACGACAGAGCGAUCGAAGUUGAACAGUUGAAAAAUGGUGAACUAGUCGCCAGAAGAUUGAUGAGAAAACCAACCGAUUCCGAGCUUAUAUACUUGCAAGCAUCGCCAAACUAUUGUGAACGGAAUGCCGAAAGAGGAAUAUUGGGAACAGUCGGACGCGAAUGCGAUGUGAGAACCAUUGGAAUGCACGAUUGCAACAUAAUGUGCUGUGGACGCGGAUACAAAACCACCAAGUUUCGUGUUGAUGAAAUUUGUAACGGCAGCACAACUGGCAAACCCGAAAUUUGUAGUCGUAUUGACAUUAGACAUGAAUGCAAUUGAACUCAUUAUUUGUUCACCAAAAUUCAGCUUUCAAGAACUUUGAAACACCAAUUGUCGACCUGGGGUAUUGUCUGAUGCCUACAUUUCAGUUGACAUAUUAACAUUAUUGAAAACCUGAAGUUUAACGCCUCCCUUAGAGAUAUAUAUUUUCAAUACACGUAAAUAUAUAUAUUUCAUUGUACACAGACAGUUUGAAACAAUUGAUGUAGUUAAAACACUCAACAGUUGGAAAUUUGACCGGAAACCGCCUGUUGAUAUAUAGGUUUCAAAAAAUGAUUGAGAUGCAAUCCAUUUAUUCUGCUUGAAUUUCUUUUCCGCUAUUUCUGAUCAAAGUAUCCGAUUCAAGUUGAUUCAAAGUGUUGUAGCGUAGGAACAAACUGAUUAU